AUGGAUUUCAAUCAAAUUCUAGCCAUCAUCAAUAAUGCACGUUCUACCUCCGAAGCUGCUUCGUCAAUGGUAAACACGAAUACUAGCGUACCCGUCCCUACCGAGACGACCCCAACGUCCAGUACCACGGCUUCUGCCCCGUUUAUUAUCCCACCGACGCUUGACAUUUCCAAAAUCAAUCCUCAAUUGAUCCAAGAAGUGCGUGCAGAAUACCUGGCUAGUCAGCAAAAAACCACUGCCAUCCCGGUAACAGACGAAAAGCAAUCAGCCGAACCAUCGCUCGAUCAACUAUUGGAUUCGUUGCAGACCGUUAAGACAGUGACUCCAGAGCUACUAAUGGCUUUGGGACGCAUGACCCAGGAGACCAAGUUGAUUCAAGUGUUACGCGAUUGCAAACGCAGACAAGACGCAAAAGAACGCGAUCUGUUCAAUCGUCGCGAAGAAAUCCUUAAAAAGCAUCAGAAGCAUCGGGACGCUAUUUUUGCAAAAGAAUUGAUUGGUGCGGUGACCCCAAAUGAAAUCCAGAGAUUUGAAGACGGAGUCAACGAAGAACUCAAACACAUGGACAUUCACAUCCUUCAGGAACUGGAUAAAGAAGCUCGAAGGCAGCAGCAGGCAUUGGAAAUGUUAAAAGUUCCCUGCUUCAAGGUGACUUCGGAUGCAAGUGAUCUCAAAAUGCAGUCCAAAGUGCUCUCUAUUUUGCAAGACAUGAUCAACGAGUAA